GUCCAGCAGCUCACACCAGUGCCAGUUCAACACGUUUACACCAAUCAAGUGCAGUAUGUGGAAGGAGGAGACACCAACUACACCACCAGCACCAUUCGCUCCAGCACCUUUCCUUACACUGACACACCCCUGUACACCCAGACCACAGCUGCCCAGUAUUAUGAAGGUCAGCCAACAUCAGGCUCUCAGGCCUCCACCCCUGGUACUCCUCUUACUGUCUCUGUGACGGCUGGCACAACAGGGGGUGUGUCCAUGUUUGUGGCACAGCCUACCAUUGCGGCAGGGGGAGGAGCCACAGUGGUGACCACAGGUGGCACCACCAAUGGCGCUGGGGAUGGGGCAGGCACCAAUGGUGGCACAGCAGGCAGCUAUGUGAUCCAGGGGGGUUACAUGCUGGGCAGCAGCAGCGGAGGGGCAGCUGGCAACAGUCAGAACUACUCACACACCGCCCGCGCCUCCCCAGCCACUGUGAGUAUUACAGAGGGCGAGGAGAGUAGCGUGCCGUCGGCAGACAAGAAGGUACAGUGGUUGCUGGACAACUAUGAGACAGCUGAAGGAGUGAGUCUGCCCCGUUCCACCCUCUACUGCCACUAUCUGCUGCACUGUCAGGAGCAGAAACUAGAGCCUGUUAAUGCUGCCUCUUUUGGGAAACUCAUUAGAUCUGUGUUCAUGGGGCUGCGCACACGACGCCUGGGCACUCGGUAA